AUGGAAAAGUUGAAGCAGUUGAUCCACCAGCGAGGUCAGGUGAAAUCGAGGCUGACAACAAUCGUCCACAAGCUAGACGAAGCUUCUGAUAAACCCGAAACAACGAACCUAUCGCAGCUUAAAGCCUACGAGAUAAAACUGGAAUUGCUUUAUUCGGAGUACUCGACGAGACAUGAUUCGGUGAUGAAUAUGUGUACCGGAGAACAGCUGGAUGCGCAAGAUAGUAAACUAGAGGAGUUCGACGAGCUGCAUACGAGUGCCUUAGUGAAGCUGACCCAACUGAUGGAUUUCUUCCGUGCUUCACCUAAAACUGUCGGAGCACCGCAAGUCAUCGUGACUCAGCAACCUUUGAAGAUGCCGAUCCCUACCUUUGAUGGGAGCUACGAAGGUUGGCCGAAAUUCAAAGCACUAUUCAACGACCUGAUCGGUAAAUGUGGCGAUUCAGAUGCCACAAAACUACAAUAUUUGGACAAGGCAUUGAUUGGUGAAGCCUCCGGUAUCCUCGAUGCAAGGAUAAUUAACAAUAACAAUUAUGAGCAAGCGUGGCAACUGUUGAAGGACCGGUUCGAAAAUCCAAGAGUGAUAAUUGACACCCACAUUACUGGUUUAUUAACGAUGAGUCCGAUCGUAAAGCAGAGCUACAAAGAGCUGAGAUCCCUCAUCGAUACCUGUAAUCGUCACGUUGAAGGAUUGCGGUUUAUGGACCAGGAAGUUGAUGGCACAGCCGGUCUAAUCGUGGUGAAGCUUUUGUCACUGUGCCUCGAUUGUGAAACACGGAAGCAGUGGGAGCAAACGAUGGAUCAUGCGCAACUGAAACUUUCCGACGAGUUGCCACAGCUCUACGAAACUCAAUUUGGAUGGGUAAUGGCUGGGGCCUUGGAAGAAUCUCAUGACGAAGUUGUCAAUGUGAUGUGUGUUAAUAAUGAAGAUCCGUUGCUGAAGAGUGUCCAAAGGUUUUUCGAGCAAGAGGAGCUACCAGAAGAGAAAGAGCUAACAUGUGAAGAACAAAGGAUCGAGGAUCACUUUUGUAAAACUUAUCAACGAGAUGGUGAAGGCCGAUUCAUUGUUCAGCUACCGUUUCGCGACUCCAUCGACCAACUAGGGGACUCUCGUUCAUUGGCGUUCAAAAGGUUCUUGUCAAGUGAGAAACGAAUAUCGAAUGACAUUGAGAUGAAGCGUAUGUAUCAAGAUUUCCUUAAGGAGUAUGUAGAUUUAGGUCAUUGUCACGAGAUACGUGAAGAGGACGAUGCGCCUGGUCAACGAAACUAUUAUUUUCCACACCACGCUGUACUUAAACCAUCGAGUACUAGCACAAAGCUUCGUGUUGUAUUCGACGGAAAGGCAAAAUCGAAUGGGUUAUCACUCAACGAAGUUCUGAUGGUGGGGCCCAAGAUCCAGAAUGAUCUGUUUUCCAUUGUUCUGCGUUUUCGAACGCACGUUUACGCAUUCUCAGCUGACAUUGAAAAAAUGUAUAGACAAGUGAAGAUCGAUCCUAAUCAGACACGAUAUCAAAGGAUAUUCUGGCGUGAACAACCAAAGGAUCCGAUUAAGGUGCUGGAACUGUCGACAGUGACCUACGGGACGUCUUCUGCAUCAUUCCUGGCGGUGAGAUCCAUGAUUCAGCUAGCUAGAGAUGAAAGCAACACCUUUCCUGCAGCGGCAGAGGUAAUACUUGAGGAUUGUUACAUGGAUGAUGUGUUGAGUGGAGCAUCGACAUUGGAAUCUGCAAAACAGCUGCGAAAUGACAUCGAAGGUCUUUUGAAGAAGGGGAUGUUUCCUAUACGAAAGUGGUGCUCGAAUGAUGACGAAGUGCUUGAAGGUGUUCCGUAUAGAGACCGUGAACAGUUGGUACGCAUCGAAGAAGCUAGUACCAUUGAUACAAUACGAUCCUUGGGUAUCCUUUGGAAUCCACGAAGUGAUCAGUUUCUGUUCUGGAGGAACCCUGAUUUGGUGCAACUUGACGAGAAGGUGACAAAAAGAAGCGUACUCUCCCACAUUGCAAAACUAUUUGAUCCGCUGGGUCUUAUAUCACCUGUUAUCGUGUUGGCAAAGUCAAUCAUGCAACAGUUGUGGGCUAAUUCUUUGGAAUGGGACGAGCCAAUUGAAGGAGAACUGUUAAAUAAAUGGUUGGUCUUCCAAAGGUCCCUGAUGCAGUUGAAUGAAAUAGAAAUACCGAGAUGUGUUGUGGCUCGUGAAGCGUGUCGUAUUGAGAUCCACGGUUUCUCUGACGCAUCGUGUACAGCCUACGGUUCCUGUCUGUAUUUACGAAGCAUUCGGGAGGAUGGAGCGGUUUCAGUUAAACUGUUAUGCAGCAAGUCAAGAAUCGCCCCUUUGCAUCGCUCAACGAUGCCAAGAUUAGAGCUAUGCGCUGCCGUGAAUUUGGCAAGAUUGAUCAAUACUGUGAUACCAAUUCUGAAAAUGGAUGUACAUGGAGUUAAGUUGUGGUGUGAUAGUCAGAUCGUACUGGCGUGGAUAAAGAAGAAUCCAGAACAAUUGCAAAUCUACGUCAGGAACCGAGUAGUGGAGAUUAAUAAGUUAACCAGUGUCUACGAGUGGAAUUAUAUCAAAUCCGAAGAUAAUCCAGCGGAUUUGGUGUCUAGAGGUUGUUACCCAGAUUGUUUGCGUAGUUCAGACUUUUGGUGGAAUGGACCGAUGUUUUUGCAAGAUACCAAUUACAUGAUACAAGAAACUCCGAUGAUUAAUGAUGAUGAGCUGCCGGAAAUGAGAAACAUUCGAGUGUGUACUCCAGCAGUUGAGAUUGAGGAUGAACCGAUAUUUGAUCGCUGUGGUAAUUUUUCGAAACUUCAACGUAUAUUGGCGCAAGUAGUAAGGUUUACUCGAUUGGUACGGAUGAACGCAAAGGAUCGUCAAAGGUAUCGCUGGAUUUCUGUACCAGAUAUGCGAAAGGCAAUGGAGUACAUAGUGCGAGUUUUGCAAAGGAGAGAGCUAUGUGAAGAAAUCCAGUGUGUACAGCGAAAGGAGUUGUCGAAGCGUCUUGCUAGUUUACAACCAUUCUUGGACAACGAAGGACUUCUACGCGUCGGCGGACGACUGCAGAAUUCUACAUUGGCAUUUGAUGCCAAACAUCAAAUCCUUCUUCCACGAAAUCAUCGAGUAACGGAGAUGUUGAUUCGUAAGUACCAUGAGGAGAGACUACAUGAAGGACCAUCCGGCUUGUUAGCAGCGAUAAGACAGAGGUUCUGGAUAAUUAACGCUAGGUCAGCCAUUAGGAAGGUGACUCGUAGUUGCGUGAGGUGCUUCAAAGCUAACCCAAAGGGAUAUCAGCCAAUUAUGGGGAAUUUGCCAGAGGAGCGCGUGAAUGUUGCCGCCGCAUUCGAACUUACCGGUGUAGAUUACGCUGGCCCUGUUAUUGUGAAGGAAGGAAAAUACAGGGCGAAGAAGGUGAAAGCAUACAUAGCUCUGUUUGUGUGUCUCACAACAAAAUCGAUACACCUAGAACUAGUUUCAGAUUUGACAACUGAAGCCUUUCUUGGUGCAUUGGAUCGCUUUGUCAACCGACGCGGGAUGGUCCGUAAAAUAAUAUCUGAUAACGCGACCAAUUUCGUUGGUGCUUCCAGGGAGCUCCAUCAGCUAUUCCUGAUGUUCCGUGAUGAGACUGAGAAUACGAAAAUCAACAACUUCCUACUCAAACGUGAGAUAGAGUGGGAAUUCAUCCCUCCAAGGUCUCCAAAUUUCGGAGGCUUGUGGGAGGCAGGAGUGAAGACUGUCAAGUCCCAUCUAAAUCGUACUCUGGGCAACGCAAUUUUGACGUUUGAGGAAUUUGCAACGGUGUUGACGUACGUUGAAGCCAUAGUGAAUUCCAGACCUCUAUAUACGUUGUCAGAUGAUCCAAAUGAACCACUUCCGAUAACUCCCGCUCAUCUGAUGCUUGGAAGGCCAUUGGAGGCAAUUCCAAAGCCAUCAUACACGGACGUAGCAGUUAACCGACUCUCUCGUUUUCAAUAUCUGAAUCAUCUACGCGAUCUUUUCUGGAAAAGCUGGUCGCGCAACUAUUUAUCAACGCUUCAAACAAGGGCUAAAUGGACAAAAAGUGUACAAAAUUUGAAGAUGGGUACCAUUGUGCUAUUAAUGGACGAUAAUCAACCAGUUCAGACGUGGAAAAUGGGUCAAAUCGUUGCACUUUACCCCGGGAAAGAUAGCGUGAUUCGAGUCGCCGAUGUGAAAACCACUUCGGGUGUUUUUCGACGAUCCAUUCGAAAAUGGCACCUCUUCCGAUUGCUGACAACGAAGCUUCGACGGUUUUCGAUUUGGAAUGAUAUUCCAACCUGCGGGAGUAUGUACGCAAUGGAAGCGUUCAGUCGUUUUAUUGGAAGUCAAUAA